UUUACUACACCGUCUUCGAAAGGAAACUGCCCCCAAAAGCUCCGGAUCCAAUAUCACGUGACCAGUCAAACAGUGUCAACAACAACAACAACAGAGCGUGACACCAUUCCUGGAAAAACAACAAAAGCAGAAAAUAAAAAUAUGAGCAGGAAGAGAAAACUCCUCGAAGGCCCAGAUGACAUAAGUCCAGAUCUAGACUUUGAGAAAUGUAAACCAUACAAAGGUGAUAGAAGAAAGGGCAUUGGUACACCAAAGAAACGUGCUAAGAAAGCGUUAGUAGAUGUUGAUGAUUCAGUGAAGGAGGCAAUGUCAGAGUCUGAGGAACAACUGGCUAAACUUACAUUAGAUUGUUCAGGAGAUACCAGAAGUGGUGUUGGUGAAACAGAAAGUGUUAACAGUGACGGUAAUACUGAAUCCGCAGAGAAAGCUACAACUGAUAAUGAAGUAAGUGAGGGUGGUAAAGCUCUUAGUGUUGGAAGCCAGAAAGAGAAUAUGAAAAGUGUCCUGAAAUCAUCAAAUAAAUCUAAAAGGGAAGACAAAUGCAAUACCGAAAUACUUACAAGCAUUACUGUUGAAACAAACACACAAGUUAGAAAUGGAGAAAGUGAUAUAAAUGGUGCUUCACAAACUGAAAAAGACAGUUCAUCUUCUAAACAGUCAAGUACUCAAGUGAGCCCAGGGUCUGGAUCAAUAUCAUUGUCAUUAUUUCAACCAUUAAAUUCUGUUGUAGUCGAACCUGCAAAUGAAACAGUAAACACUGAUGAUAAAUUAAGUGAUAAAAAGAAUGACAACACGUUCGAAUUUCCGUCUGAAGACACGAGUAAAGUGACUUUGAAAAAAGCAAGAGGUCGACCAAAAGGAAGUAAAAAUAAAGUUGCAAAUGAAAAGGCAGGCAGUAGUAAAAGCAAAGUGAAUGAGUCAAAAACUGAUGAAGAAAUUAAAACCAGUUUGGUUGUUUCCAAAAAGCAUCCGGGAUUAAAGUCACCAAAAGCAAAUAAAACAGCGAAAAAACCUGAGACGAAAACUGAAACUCCAAGUAAAAAGGGUAUGAGCAAAGCAAAACUGACAAAUGAUAGUAACAAAGUGAUCUCAACAGACAAAGUAAAACCUGUAAAUGGUGAGAAAGUAAAACGAAAAUAUGUGCGAAAGAACAAAGUGGGACAAGCAGAUGAAACUGGUAGAGAAACAAAACGUCCAAAGAAAGAGACCAAUGCGAUAGAAGUAAGCAAAGAUUCUGAAAAUGUGCCUUUAGUUUCGGAAGAAGUGAAACAAAGUUUGGAUGUAAAUUAUAAAAACAGUGAUAUAGAUCCAGUUAGUGAUAGUGUCGGUAAACAGUCAAAGGAGCUUUCAGAAAAAGAACCACAAAAGCAGUCUGAAGGUGAUACAGAUAAUGCGCAAAGCAAAGCUAUUGAGAAAGUUAAUAAUGCUGACCAAGAAAAGCAGGUGUCAGUGAAUUCUAUUUCCUUACAAGAACCAGUUACUCCAUUGUAUGGAGAAACACCUAAAGUGAAUGAAUCAAAUCAAGGACUACCUUGUUCUCCUAAUAUGGAAAGUUUUGAUGAUGGUGGGAGGUUAGUUAUUGAUACAAGUGUAAAUAAUGACGAUAUGGAUGGUGCUGAAACUAAAGAUAAAAGUGAUAAAACUGCUGUGAAAUGCAAUAAAACUCAGUCAAAUGGUGCUAUAACUGAAAACAUUAAUGUGAAAAGUGGGGAUUUUGUUUCAAAUCGUGCCUUGUCUAAGGACAUUUUCAGAAAUGGAUUUGGAAUUUAUGAUGGAAAACAAAGUAUGAAUAACUCAGACAUACCAAAUGCUCAUAUGGAACAAUAUAGACAGGCAGUAAACAGUUUAUCACCCACAAAUGCUCUAAAUAUGUUGGGUGUCUUUUCCCCACCACCUAUGUCUGCGCAUGUUCACAUUGGUCACGUGACCGGAAAUACCAACAGUUACACGUCACAUGAUCAGAAUUUUGACCAACCACUAGAUCUUACAAAUAAUGGAGCGCGAGAAGAGUAUACGAAAGGAAAAAUUUUCAAAACAAAAAUGUUAAAGAAAACAUAUCCCAAACAAGAAAAUGUACAGUGUUUUAAGGAAAAGAGCACGAGUUCUGUGAACCAGAUACCCCUCUGAUGCAUACAGUCAAAAUGCAACAGAAAUUUCUUUUAUUAUUUUUGACUUGAGCAAUAAGCUGUUGACAUUUUUACAUGUACCUAAGACAAGGUACAUUGAUAACUUAAAACACGAUGACCUUCUGAAAUUCAUCAGUGUUAAAGACUUGGGAGUGGAAAAUGAAAUAUCUCAGGAUACUAUCAUUCAUUACCUGAACUGCGUGACUUUCAGAAUAUGAUAACAUAUGUUUGAUAUUUCUUUGAAAAUAAUAAAAAAGUUUUUCAGUAUACAAAAAAAACCUUAACACUCCCAUACAGUUAAGUGGCAUUUUAAUUGAAGGUCGUCUGCCCAAUAGAAGUACGUGUAGGAAAUGACGUCAUAUCACUUUUGUUUACUUUUUUUAUGAUGUAGAUGAUUAUGUGUGGAUUUCGAAGAAAAUCUAUGAAAAAUGCAAAAUUCUUGCAUUUAAACAAGUUUGCAGUACACUGAACAAACUGGUUUUGUUUAUGUAUGUAUAAAUUUCUAAUCGAUUUCAAUAAAUGAAAAUGUUUUCUGAUGAAUGUGAUGAGUACGGUCAAUGAUAUGUCUUUUUAUGUAAAAUUUCUGUUCGAUAUCUCACCAUUUUCAAAAAAAUAUAUAUAUCUCAUUAAUAGAUAUGUACCAAAAAUGAAAUAAAACUAUGUUUUACUAAAAUAGCUGUUUAUUUUUCAACUGAAUGUUUUAAAAGUAGAAAUGCAGAGAGCUAUCUUUAGUCUUAAGUCUGGUAUUGGUUCAAGCUACCUUUGUGCACAAUUUUGUACUAAUUUACGAAAGAAUUGGUACUAGUACUUCGCAACAUGAAUUUCCAUGCUUUGUUCGGUGUAGUUUCUAUUAAAGCGGACAAAAAUUGUAGCCAGAGGAAAUUCGUAUGAUUCAUAAGUAAAAUGCAUGUACAGUCAUAAUGCAUUAUGAUUCAUAUAUGAAUUCUUCUUGCAACAUACGCGUUGUUCUGG